AUGGGUUCUACACCAUGGAGAAGUAUGGUCAUGGCGACUCUGGCGACUCUUCUGUUGCACCUGAGCUUCCCAACAGAGGUUUGUUCUUCUGCAACCUCUGAUAGAAUCACCCGACUGCCGGGACAACAGCCAGUAGAUUUUCAGCAAUUUGCUGGAUAUAUUACUGUGGGCAAAAAGAGAGAACGAGCUCUAUUUUACUAUUUUAUUGAGGCAGAAACUGAACCAUCCUCUAAGCCUCUCGUCAUCUGGUUCAAUGGAGGGCCUGGUUGUUCGUCCGUGGGCGUGGGAGCUUUCACGGAGAAUGGCCCCUUUAGGCCUAGUGGUAACAUACUGGUGAGAAAUGCGUAUAGUUGGAACACAGAAGCAAACAUGUUGUACGUGGAGACGCCAGCAGGAGUUGGGUUUUCAUAUUCAAGAAACAUUUCUGAUUAUCGUGACAUGAACGAUGAGAGAACAGCAAGAGAAAAUCUAGCAUUUCUGCGACGUUGGUUGGUCAAGUUCCCCGAGUACAAGAACAGAGACCUCUUUAUUACGGGAGAGAGCUAUGCGGGCCACUACAUUCCUCAGUUAGCUGACCUCCUGAUUCGAGCGAACAAGCAGCAGAAAGAGUUCAACCUUAAAGGAAUUGCUUUGGGCAAUCCACUUUUGGAGUACUAUACUAACUUGAACUCGAGGGCAGAGUUCCUAUGGUCUCAUGGAGUGAUAUCUGAUUCUACAUACAGAAUUUUCUCACGGAACUGCACUUAUAGCCUAUACUUAAGCGAGACUUACAGGGGAAACGUAUCGUCCAUCUGUGUCCUAGUUAUGAGCACCGUGGAGAGGGAGAUGAGCAAAUUCGUGGACAAGUAUGAUGUCACUCUUGACGUCUGCAUCUCAUCUCUUAAGAUGCAAUCUCUAGUUCUGAGUCCCAUGAAAAUGACAGGGAAGAUAGACGUGUGUGUUGAAGAUGAAACCGUUAACUAUUUCAACAGGAAGGAUGUUCAGAGGGCUCUACACGCUCGACUAGCGGGAGUCUCCAAGUGGGAAGCAUGCAGCAGCAUCCUGGACUACAAGUUGCUUGAUGUGGCGAUCCCUACUAUCCCUCUUCUUGGUUCCAUUGUGAAGUCUGGCAUCCCAGUCCUGGUUUACAGUGGAGACCAGGAUUCAGUGGUUCCUCUGACAGGAAGCCGAACUCAGAUUCAUGGAUUAGCUGCUCGUUUAGGACUCAAUACAACUAUUCCUUACAGAGUCUGGUUUGCAGGGAAACAGGUUGGUGGGUGGACACAAGUCUAUGGGGAUAUCUUAUCAUUUGCCACCAUUAGAGGAGGUUCUCAUGAAGCUCCUUUCUCACAGCCACAGAGGGCCCUUGUGCUUUUCAAGGCGUUCCUGCAAGGGAAACCACUCCCUGAAACUUUCUGAAGUCAAUGUGCCGAGUGGAGCGCUUUCAUUCUGAUCAACUGAUCGGUCUUUGAGCGAUUGGUGUGUGUGUGUGUGGGACUUUAAGGAAGAAUUCUGUCACAAGGAAAUAAACCAAAACAGCGAGGAAAUAAAAUAACCCUCAAGUUAUGUAAGAAUUCCAGUGCCAUUUGAAUGUAGCAUAUGCAAUUUACUCGA